AUGGAGACUGAAGGUAAAGUGAAAAUAUGGUUUGGGGUCUUCGAUGUCAUCAUGGAUUGCCUUGAAGCACUGGUGAAGAAGCUUGGACUUUAUCUUAGAAAAUAUUUUCUUUUACAGAUUCACCUUUUUGGAGUUUUACUGGCCAUUUUGGGAAACUUGGUAAUCAGCAUUUCCCUAAAUAUUCAGAAAUAUUCUCAUCUCCAACUGGCACAACAAGAGCACCCAAAGCCGUACUUCAAGAGUGUGCUGUGGUGGAGUGGGAUCCUACUGCUGGCCGUGGGCGAGACAGGCAACUUUGCAGCCUAUGGAUUUGCUCCCAUCACACUCAUUGCUCCGUUAGGCUGCAUAUCUGUUACAGGUAGUGCCAUUAUUUCUGUUAUGUUUCUGAAAGAAAACUUGAGAGCUUCAGAUUUACUAGGUAUGACACUGGCAUUUGCAGGAACAUAUUUAUUGGUGAACUUUGCUCCAAAUAUAACUCAGGCAGUCUCAGCAAGAACAAUACAGUAUUACUUUGUUGGCUGGCAGUUCCUGGUCUAUGUGGCUUACAUUAAGUGGGAGCCUCACAGAGACAAGGCCAGGAGAUUUUCCUCUGAUCUGAUUCUCUUUUCUGCAGGGGGAGGAUUUGAGAAGCCCAGAGUCUUCUAG